ACAUACCUACAUCGUUGGUUGUACACAAUUAAUUAUUUAUAAAAAAAUAAAAAUAGAAAAAGUGAUUGGUGAAGUAAUAAAUUGAAAACACAAUGGCACAAUCUCAGUUCUCACUAACGUGGGAAAGUCAUAAAAGAAAUAUGUGUACCGGAUUAAGUAGCCUACAGCAGAACAAUGAAUUUGUUGACAUGACACUAGCAGCCGAAGGUCAUUUUGUGAAAGUGCACCAAGUCAUAAUCGCUCUGUCUAGUCCAUAUUUCAAGGAUCUCCUGGCUUCAGCACCGUGUCAACAUCCAGUUGUGUUUCUCAAUAAAGUAUCAUACACAACUUUAAGCUUGAUACUGGAGUACAUAUACACCGGAGAAGUGUACAUCAACGUUGAGAACCUAUUGGAGCUGAUUGAGGCAGCGAAAGAAUUGAAGAUAAAAGGACUUGAAGACAUGAAAUUACCCGAAAUUACAUCUGUUCAAGAGCCUGAUGUUGAGGACGAGAUGAGCACACAAGAACAUGAUUACAAUGAUGAAAAUUCACAGAUUGAGGCUUUAGAAGAGGGUACAUGUUACUUAGAGAUAUCAAAUUUGACCAUGGAUGAAAAACCUUAUAUAAUAGAUGAUGACAGUUAUUCAGUGGUAGAAUGCAAAGAACAGCUAUUACAACAUGUAACGGAUCACACGUACGAAGAGACGAUUAAACAGGAUCAAAACGCUGAUGACACAAACGAAAAUGAAACUUUACCUAAUUCGGAUAAAAAUAUCACUACUCUAUUUAGUAACAAUGCAAAAGCUUCCGUGAUACAAUACACAGUGUCCAAUCAAGGCUCAUUACAGAUGAUAUUAAACAGAUACAUAUAUUAUUUGAAGCACACAAACAAGAAUAAGUCGCAACAGUGGCGGUGCAUAGACUAUUUGAACAGCAAGAAAUGUCCAGCUUAUGUCGUUAGCAAAGACGGUGUCAUUAUAUUAAGGAUUUCAGCUCACACACACGCCUUCCACGACAAAAGGAUUUUAAAGAAAGUUCGGUCGGGUGUUGUGUUCUCGGCGCUCGACGAAGCAGAGGAACGCGGUUUUGAUAUAAAGAAAAAUAAAAGCUAUGAUGGAAACAGCGAAUAAACAUAUAUAUUUUAA